GUGACAUCUGCAAACACCUCGUUCGUGAACAAUCGUUUUGUAUGAUACUCCCGCAGUCGAAUGAAGCUCCAACAACUUCCCACUCGUAUACACCUGUCGUUUCCAUCUCCGAGGAUGGCGUUCUAACCUGAGGACAUCAACACUACGAGACACCACCAACGCCAUAAUCUCGCAACAGCGCCCGCUCUACGGAGUACGACCAACCGGCGCUAUCUUUACGGUGGUUACGGAGUACCUCUGUCUAGAGUGCAACACCAUCAUCACCAUACACAGCACCAACAAUCAUGUCCUCCGACCUCCCACCGCUGACCACGACCGACACACGAGCAUCCUCAAUCUCGGCGGUCCCGAUGCACGAAGUCGACCCAUCUCCCGUUGACGCGGACGAUGAUGGUGAUGAAAAGAAUCCCCUCCUACCGACGCCAGCGACUUCGUCGUCCAGAACCUCCUCCUCCUCCUCCUCCUCCUCCUCCACCAAUUUCUUGGGUCUCACCCCAUCUAGAACGAUACACAUACUGGGUACCAUACAAAAAUACGCCGUGGUCCCUCCCACGCUCUACCUUAGCAUGCACUACACCAACACCGCCUUGAUCCCUCUCGUGACCCAGUCGGCCAUCGAGAGUGACCGGUACCUGCUCUUGACACGGCCCUAUUACCAAUCCUUCCCGCUCGAGCCUUUGAUGAUUUUUGCUCCCGUCGUCGCCCACGUCUUGUCGGGUAUCGCCCUGAGGGUCUACCGUCGCCGGUUGACCGCCAGGAGACACGGGGCGGAGACUCACUCUCAGAGACGCAAAAUCCCCUAUCCUCCUCUGAGCCCGACCUCGGCCGCGGGAUACCUUUUGUACCCCAUGUUCGUCGCACACGUGGCCAUGCAGCGCGUCAUCCCCCAAAAGGUGGAAGGAAGUAGCGCGGGGGUAGGGUUGAGGUACUUCGCCCACGGGGUCGCGCACGACCCUUGGUUCUCCAACACCUUUUACGCCGCGUUCGUCGCCGUGGCGAGUUACCAUUUCGUCACGGGCGCGGCCAAGUACCUGCGCCUCUCGCGAGAGUACGUCGUCGAGGGAGGGGAGAGUGGCGCACGACGCAAAAAGUGGAGGGGGAGAAUGAUCAACGGCGUCGCGGCCGCGGUGGCCUCUCUCUGGAUCGCCGGUGGGUUGGGCGUCGUCGGCAGAUCCGGGGCGGGCGUCGGUUGGGAGGCCAAGAAUUGGGACCGCAUCUAUGCCGCCGUGCCCCUGUUGGGGAGGUUGUUUCAAUGAAACCAAAAAAAAAGCACGCUCAAGUCAAGAAAUGGACAAUCAACGAGGUUCCCCGACCUUUCCAAUCACACCAAUUGCUCAAGUGCUGCAACUGCCCACUACAGCACGUUAGGUAUAUAUGUUCAACAUCCACGAGAGUCACUAGGGAGGGAGUAAUUGUGUACAAGACAGUCUGAUUGAUGCGUGUCGUAUAGCGAACCUGAAAACCAAACAUCCUGAUCUUCUCUCGGUCGAUACGAGUACUCAAGUUCCCAAUAAUAAGUAUUGUGUAAUACGGC